AUAAAAAGUAGUAAAAAAGAUAGUUAAUCAUAAUGGUAUGGUAAAAAAAGUAUUAAAACCUUUCAAGAUUAAUAAAAAUAAGAACGAAAAAAAUGAAUUAAAUUACAGAAUUAUCCAUAUCGGGCUGUGUGCGGUUAUAAUAUGCAAGUUGGAUGUUAAGUUGUGUUGGAAACGUGUCACCUAUCAGUCAUGCACACGUGGAACGUAUAUCACGAAAAGGGGCGGUAUUUAUCAGAACGUACCGUUAGACUCUAUUAAUAGUGAUUUAUGUUUUAAAAGUGUAAAUAUGCUAAGCCCUAUUAGUAUUUGUAAAAGUAUCCGACAUUGUUGGUCGGUCAAUAGAAACAGAACAGCCUGACCCGAGGAUACAAGAAGUUGUAGAUAUACGAUUAAUCAUAGCUUGACUCGUUUAUUGCCUCUGAUAUACGAGCAACUACGUUGCAAGUACGUAGUUGUAUAACCGUGUGACUGCGUAAAUGCACGUCGACGCAACGAGUGUGUUUGUGUUGAUAGAUAUAUAUUACAUAGUGCAGUCGUGCUCUACUCAGCUGCUGAUGCGCGAAUUGACAGUCAAUUUAAAAAAGUCACGAAACGCAAGAAUGCACGUUGAUUACUGUACAUUUUCAUAAUUUAAUUGAUCAUUACUAAUGAUCACGGUAUUUUCAAUAAAGUAUUACGAAUCUGACGCCACGACUUUUCUGAUAAAUGCAAUGAGAGCGAUAUGGCCAGACUCGAGAUGAUGAGAUUCGAGGGUGUCCGUGUCAAAAUGUUACAAAAAGCAGGUCUACUGCUAUUUGUCUUCUCCAUCGUUUUGGUGAACGGCAAUUAUUUUGGGACCAAUCAACACAAGACCGAUCAAUGCUUCUGCAAGUUGAAUGGUGCUAUCGACGAUUGCAAUUGUACUGUUGACACAGUAGAUUAUUUUAACAAUGUUAAAGUCUAUCCGAGACUCCAGAGUCUUCUAGUCAGAGACUAUUUUAGAUUUUAUAAGGUUAAUCUUAUGCAAGAUUGCCCAUUUUGGGCAGACGAUAGUAAAUGUGCUAUUCGCUUUUGUCAUAUUAAACCGUGCCAAGACAAAGAUAUUCCAGUUGGAUUAAAAGGCGAGCUUCCAAGAAAUAUACACGUUAACGAAAGCCCUUCUAAUAAAUAUCAAGCCAAUUUACAAAUAGCCGAUUGUGAUCAAAAUAUCCACGAUCAUAAUAUAGAAUUAGGUUAUUUAAAUACUACUAUAAGUUCUGAAAAUUAUAAAGAAUUUGAACGAUGGCAGCAACAUGACGAUGCCCAAGAUAAUUUCUGUAUUACGGAAUUGGAUACGGGAGAGUAUGUUGAUUUACUUUUAAAUCCAGAAAGAUAUACCGGAUAUAAAGGACAUAGUGCCCAUAGAAUAUGGCGUAGCAUUUAUAUGGAAAAUUGUUUUAGGCCAGAUAAUUCGCCGCAUACUUUUAUUCAGUCGUCCAAAAUUGAUGCUAUGUGCUUAGAGAAAAGAGUAUUUUAUCGGGUAAUAUCUGGACUUCAUACUAGUAUAAAUAUACAUUUGUGUUCCAAGUACUUAUUAUCGUCUCAAGGUCGAUUGGAGGUAUCUCCCGAAGGACAAUGGGGUUCUAAUUUAGGAGAAUUGCAAAAACGCUUUGCACCAGAGAGAACUGGCGGAGAGGGUCCGAAUUGGUUAAAAAAUCUUUAUUUUGUAUAUAUAUUAGAAUUAAGAGCACUUGCGAAAGCAGCACCUUAUUUACAAAGAGAAGAAUAUUAUACUGGUAAUGAAGUUGAAGACGAAGACACGAGAUUAGCAAUUAAUGAUAUUUUAAAUAUAGUUAGAACAUUCCCCGAGCAUUUUAAUGAAAGUGUCAUGUUUAAUGGAGGAGUGGAAGCUCAAAUUUUAAAAGAAGAGUUCAAACAGCAUUUUAGAAAUAUCUCUCGUAUAAUGGAUUGUGUUGGUUGUGAAAAAUGUAAAUUAUGGGGAAAAUUGCAAAUACAAGGCUUGGGUACAGCUCUAAAAAUUUUAUUCUCUGGGAAAUUUGAUAAAUACGAGCCAACAUUAAUGAGUUUUAGUAAGAAACAGUUCUUCCUAGAAAGAAGUGAAAUUGUAUCUCUAAUUAAUAGUUUUGGAAGGUAAAUAU